AUGCAUGAUUCACAGAAUUACAAUGCUCUAAACUACGAUGACAAGAUCUUGGAUGGUUUUUAUGACUUGCAUGGAAUAUUGACUGUUUCCCGAUCGGACAUAAUGCCUUCCGUGGUUGAGUUGCAAGGAACUCCAGUCACAGAAAGUAUUACUUGGGAGGCAGUGCUGGUUGAUAGGGCUGCUAAUGCAAAUAUGCUAAAACUUGAACAGAAGGCACAAGAAAUUGCUAGCAAGUUGAGAUCAGAAUCUGUGGCUUUUGCAGACAGCAAUUUAGUCAAGAAACUAGCUGCUUUAGUUUCUAACUACAUUGGGGAAUCAGUUGGAGAUCCUGAGAACAUGUCAAGAGCAUGGCACCGUCUUAGCUACAGUUUGAAAGCAACACUUGGCAGCAUGGUUUUACCCUUGGGGUCUCUAACAAUCAGAAUGGCUCGUCAUCGUGCACUGAUGUUUAAGGUUUUAGCUGAUAGUGUUGGCUCACCAAGUCGGUUGGUGAAAGGACAUCAGUUCACUGGUUCUGAUGAUGUGGUCAUGAAAUUCGUCAAACUUGACGAUGGGAGGGAGUACAUUAUCGAUUUGAUGGCAGAUCCUGAGACUCUUAUUCCUUCUGAUGCAGCUGGAUUGAACGUGGAGUAUGGGGUAGGAGCAACGCUUCUGCUCCAAGUACUUGAAGAGAUGAUGAUAGAGCUGAAGGUCAUGAAUCUGUCAACUCAAGGUUUCAAAUUAAAGGAAAUCAAGAAUCCAGAAAGUGGUGUUAAUGCACCACCUAGCUUGUUUACAGAAUUUGAGCAGUUGAGCCUACAGUCAACUGAGGGUAAGUCCGUGAUGGAAAAAGAUGACGAGUUGACGACCAGAAACAGAGAACUAGAAUCCAACAAAUGCAAGAUAACAAUGAUCCUAGUCCUAUGCGCUUUCGGCCGCCUCUGCCUCACAAAAAAGUGCAAUCCCGAGCAACUUCGGCACUAGGAUCAAACAGAGCAACUUAACCAUCCUUUUGUGAUGUCGUCAGAGUGUGAUGCAAGUCCUGUGAAAAAUGUUCCUGUUGUUGCAUCUUCUAUGGUGGUUGCUUGCUGCCCUGACUCAAAUUUGGAAUUGCCUGUUGCUGGUGCAGCAGCAGCAGUCGUGGCAACAAGUGUUGUUGUCAGCAAGAAGCAGCAGGAUCAUGGUGUCGUAUAUACUAGUGUUUUGACACUUACUUUUGGUAAUUUUCUUGUCAACCUUAGCUGCACACUUAAGGUUCAAAUCAUGAAGCGACUUAGCAUCCCAAUGUGGUUCACUUCAUGGGAGCAGUCACGCGUGCUCCUAAUCUUUCUAUUAUUACAGAAUUUCUUCCCAGAGGUAGCUUGUAUAGAUUACUUCACCGCCCUAACAAUCAAUCAAUUGGAUGAGAGAAGGCGGUUGAGGAUGGCACUUGAUGCAGCCACAAGGGUCAAUCUCCACGAGGAGGAGAUCAGGCAGCAGGAUAGGUCGGAAAUUGCAGCUUCAGAUAGAGUUGAAGAAGGGAGCGACAUAGCUUCCCCCAUCGCGUAA